ACGGCGAUGGCUUCCCGGCCGUGCGUGGGCAGGCCCGCGGCAUAGGCGGGCGACAGGCGGUGCACUGAAGGCGCAGGCUGGGGGUGUUUCUCCGCCUUUCAAGCCGUAGAUAAGACGGGUGGGGGGGCUCAUUCUGUGCCGCUCGGUCUCCCCUCCCCUGCAGCCCCGGCGGGGCGCAAGGCAGCACUGAGCAGCCGGCUACUUUCGGUAUCGUUUGCGGCCGGACUCCGACUCCCUCUCUCCUUAUUGGUCCGAAAGUUGCCUUUUAACCGGCGGGCUGUAAACACGCAGCCCCUUUCCGCGGCGCGCAGGGGCGGGCUGAUCGCCCGGGGAAGAGACCCACCCGCGCAGCAGCGUGACAGCGACUUUCGCGGCCCCCGGGGAGACCGGAGUGCGGCGCACGUGGGCGCCAGGGAAGAGGCGCUGGGGGCGGCAGCCCCCCCGCUGUCUGCACCCGGGGCCAGCUGGCCUGCCCCUCCCCCGCACCCCCCAGCGCCGCUGCUCUUUGCCGACCAGCCGGGGACCCAGCAGCGGGGGGGGUCCCGCGCUCCAGGCCAGUGCCGCGGGGCGGAGCCGCCGCCGACCCCUCUCCGCGCCCGGGUUUCCUGCCCGAGCCCGGCGCCGCCCGGCCCGAGGCAGCAGCACCUGGCCCCGCGGCCAGCACCAUGGGCGAGCGCCACACGGACGGCUUCUCCUGCAGCGCACCUGAAUCGCUCCGGUCACUGCAAUGAAUGGCCAGACUAUCCCAGCAAGCACUCCCGGGCGUUCCCAGGGCUGGAAUGAGUUCUGCGAGCUGCACGCCAUCACCACGGCCAAGGAGCUCGCCAAGAAGUACCUGCUGUUUGCCACCGAGAACCCCCACCAUGACCUCCUGGCAGCCGAGAACUUCUCGGUGCAGUUCACAGACCUCUUCCAGCAGUAUUUCUGCAACGAGGUGAAGGAAGGCUUCGCCAUGAACCAGUUCAGGGCCCUACCCUUCAGCAGGGUGCGGGACUAUAGGGAGACCAGCAAGAGGCACGCGGACGCCUCUUCGGGGCCGGUCGCGGCCAAGGUGGAGACGGAGCUGACUGCCCACUCUGAGGCCGACAGAGCUGCUGACACUAACGUCCGGGGCCUGCCCAAGUCGUGGAGCUCUGAGGAGCUGAUGGGGGCAGCCUCCCCUCUGACCACCAGGAGACACUUCUCCCUCACCCAGCUGCGGCGGAGCUGGCGCAAGUUCCUGCGCCGGGGAUCCUCCGAGGCCAUCCCGGGAGAGGGGGAGACGCUGGAGCCUGCUCUCAAGACUGGGCUGACCAAAAAGAUCCUGCCGUGGACCCUGUCCCGAGAUCAGGCUCACGAGGUGUGCAAGGAGGGUCUCUUAAAAUACAGCAUGGUAGAUGAAACCACCAUGGACAGUGGGACACGCUGGCAGCGGUGCCGAUUGGUUCUACGGAAGGCAGGGACGUCGGACAAUGAAGAAUAUGUCUUGGAGCUGUUUGAUCCCCCCAAGUGCUCCAAACCCAAGCUGCUCACGACCUGCUCCGCUGUCCAAGAGAUCCGGAGAUGCACCCGCCUCGAGAUGCCAGACAACAUGAACACCUUUGUACUCAAGGUGAAUAACUGCACAGACAUUGUAUUCGAGGCUGGGGACGAGCAGCAGCUGAGUUCCUGGACAGCCGAAAUCAAAGAAUGUACGGCCCGAGGGUCCGGGGGAGCCGAUGUAGAGCUGCUCUCAGGCCAGCACUCUGACACCGUGGCGUCCAGCCCUGCCACUGGCAGCACCGACUCCCUUACCCAAGGCGCUAUGCACUGUGGGCAGCCAGAGCCGUCCUGCCAGAAAACCGACCAGUUCCUCUCGUCCUACCCCUGGUUCCACGGCCCCAUUUCGCGUGUCAAAGCCGCCCAGCUCGUGCAGCUGCGGGGGCUGGAAGGCCACGGGGUUUUCCUUGUUCGACAGAGCGAAACCCGCAGGGGCGAAUACGUCCUCACCUUCAAUUUCCAAGGAAGAGCGAAGCACCUGCGGCUCUCGCUGACCGAGCGGGGGCAGUGCCGGGUGCAGCACCUGCGCUUCCCCUCCAUCCUGGACAUGCUGCACCACUUCCAGCGGUGCCCCAUCCCUCUGGAGUGCGGCGCGGCCUGCGACGUCAAGCUCUCCAGCUACGUGGUGGUCAUCCCGUCGCCCCAAGGUUUGGGCUCAAGCAACACCAUCUUGCUCCCGUUCUCCGUCCCUAAUUGGAGCUCCGAACUCAACCUUACCCCCCUCAGUCCCUCCAGCUGCCCCCGGCUACACAUGACAGACGACAUUCACCACAGUUCUCAGCCAGAACAGAUCUUCCACCUGGUGCCUUCUCCAGAAGAACUGGCCAACAGCCUCCGAGACAGCGAGGUGGCCGUCGUGCACUCCAGCCGGCAGCGAGACUCUGACUACGAGCUGGAUUCCCCUGGCCGGGGCCACCUUCGGGCUAUUGACAAUCAAUACACACCACUCUGACACGAUGUGGGGGAGGGGUGCAAACCACGCACUUUGGCUUGGAGCCCUGUUAGGGAACUUCUGUUAUCGAGUUUGGGAAGUAUAUGAAAAGAAUGUAAUUUGGGAUUUAUUGUUUUUGGUAAGGGAGGGGGUAAGAUAUAUAAAUUGUUCACGCCACUAUGGGUGUGAUCCCUCUAUUAGGCCUGUUAAAGGGCCUGUUUUACAUAUUAAAGCUUUCUUAUGACUGUUUACACGUCGUUCCUGUUAACAUGCUAGGCUCUCUGCCCUUUAGGCUAAUAUCUCACUUAGUCUCUGUCACAGGAGCUUUUGGUCUUCGCUGCCCUUUUUGACAUGACCGAGCCCAGAAAAGAAACCAGAAGAUUCCAUUACAGCCACAUAAUUGGACAAAAAUGGAUUUGAAGUUCUUUGUGACAAGUUACUGAUCUGGGCUGUGCAUAAGCAAAGAAAAGUCACUUUGUGAUGGCCAAGGAAUGUGCUGCAGUUGCAUAAGUCAUAGUUCCAUGUUUCAAACAGAGCAGUAGCCUUAUCGCUAACCUAAGAGUUCAUUCGUUACUUUUGGAUAUGGAGAGUUCGGGCUUUACCUUAAAUCACGUUAGCAUUUAAAAAAACAAAACAAACCGUGGAGCCAUUGAAGUCACAGCUACAGCCAUGGGCAAAGGAAAUGCUUACAUCUAUUAGUCACGAUUAAAAAGUGAACACUAACUUCCUCCUAUUAAUAUAGGCUUAACGUAACUGAUCAGAGGACAAAAGAGAAGACUGACAUCUUGUCAUAGCCUUGGCGUAAAACUUCCUUUCUGCUGUGGAAAUCUUUUAGGCACAAGUCUAGAGUUCAGCAAAAGUUUUUUUCCAAAUAUGUUACCUCAGGUUGGUUCGUCAAAGCAGGAAGGGUGUUGAUAACCAGCCACUGUUGCUUGCAUUUAAAAAAACAACUCUUUAAAUACUAGAUCAUAUUUUGUUAAGUAAAGCUAUGCAAAUACAACUCCCCUGAGUGUCAUGGUUUUCCAGCCAGAUUGGGUGUAACCUUUUCUCCCCAAUAUUCCCCUUGCCUGUAGGUCUUAGGAAAAGCACUUUGACUGUUGGGGUUUUGACAGCGGUUUUGCUAUUUAUGGAGAAGCAACAUGAUCCCCUUCGGUGGAACAAAGUUACCCAAAAGGGAGGGGGGGUGCACUAAUGACCCUUCUCAUACCUUAUUGUGACUAGGGUUAGACUUUGGCAUUUCCUCAGUUAGAAUUACAGUUACAGGAGAUGUGACAUAUUUGCCUUGUGCUUCUUUACUGAGAGACAGGUCUGUGCAGAGCUGUGUGUUAGGAGUUAAGAUUUAUAGAUUCACAAGCAGUAAAUAGGUAAUUUCACUAACCCCUAAAAUUGUCACUAGACCCAACCUCUUUUCAAGGUAAAGCACUUCAGUUACGCCAGAGUUGAGCCACACCAGAAGGGGCUCUAUGGUAGAAGAGACUCUCUGGAAUGUGGCUUAAGGGAGCAACGCUUAAAAAAAAAAA